GGCUUUCAUGAGAACUCUGCGUACCCCACGCUGGCGUUCUCAUCGCCCUUGAUCCUUGUACUGGGAAUGUUGAUCGGAGUCUGCCAUAUUGUUACGCAGCCCUCCUUUCCUAGGUCUUACCCCAGUCUCUCUCUUGCCCCAUAUCAGUCUCACUCUUCUGUCUUCAUCAGCCCAAGUAGCGCCGAGUAUGAUUCCUCGAGGCUUACUCGUGACGGAUUCGGACGUCUAACUGGCGUGAAUGGGCUCGUAGGCUCUGCGAUCACUUCACGAGCCUCCCAAUCUUGCACACCUGCAUCUGGCUCAGGCCAAAUUGGUCUAUCAUGCAGCCUUAAUCCUCCAUCCUGCUUGCCGACUCUGACUGCAGGCGAUAUUGCGACCGUUACCGCUGUACGUAGCUGUGGAAGCGGCUCAGGCACAUCACUGCGCCGAGUCGCUACUUCUCUCUCCUGUAGUCUGCCCAACUCGGCAGCUGGUCAGGUGGUCGGUGGCUUGGAUCGCCGUCACCUGAUAAACUCAUGUCAAUCGUCCUCAACUUCAUCAUUCGCAUCAGCACCAUCUACUGGAAUCUCUCUCUCAGCCUCCUCAGCUUCAUUCUCAUUUUCGUCAUCAUCCCCUCCUCCUCCACUCCUAGAACCAAGCAUUUCUGGAGACCCUCCUAAUGGCCUUCGUUGUGUAGGUGGCACACCACUUGAGUCAUCUACGACUUACUGCAUCCCAACUAAUGCUUGUGUUGGAAGCAGCUCCCUCAAUUGUGUGUGCUCCAGUAGCUCGCUCAGCUCAUCUGGCUCUCCCAUUCUGUCUGCUUCAAAUCUUCACCAUUUUCAGCACCAAUACGAACGAAAUACUCGCAAUCUAAGUCAUCAAACCCAUUAUGGCCACCAUAAUCAUCACGCUCAACGCCAUCAGCAUCGUCAUCACAACCAUCUACCUCAGCCUCAGGCCUACUUCCAGGUGCAAGCUCCUUCUUCCCAGUCGCUUCCGCAUCUCUCGGAUCGCCAGGCGCCUCCUCUACUUAUUGGUCAAUUCGGUGGCCCAGGUUCCAUUCAACAGCCUAAAAGUUCGGCUACUCUCCUUAGUACUUUCAACACUACUCCCAUCUCUACAUUUUCCACCUGCACUUCUUAUAGCAGUGGCCCAUCUUCAGGAGGUGGAUACAGAUUUGGUUCAGACCUUAGUGCCAAUUUGUCUAGCACGGGAGUUACGAUUCGUAGUUCAUCCUCCAGUCAGCUAAAGCAAUCUACAACACUGCCUGUGCUGACGAAAGCAUCUAACACAGGCUCUGCCCGUCAGCAGACAACAGUUUCAGUGGAAGCCCUGUUCCAGCAGUCCCCGACUUCUCCUGUUAAUGCUCCUCUCAGCGCUGGUGGUGGAGCUAAUUCCACUACUGCUCUGGGCGCAGCUAGAAAGUUGACAGGUCUUUUGUCUGUUGAUCAGUCAUUUGGCCCUGGCGCUUUGACUGAUAUCUCCGAAACUACUUUUACAUCUAGCAGACGAAGCUCUUCGUCUUCCUCAUCAGCUUCACCUCCACCGUCUGGGCAGUCAAGCUCGGUUUGUCACGCUAUUUUUCAAACUAUUUAA